UAUGGCGUCGGUCAAUCACUUGUCACUUUGAGCAAUAUUGAAUUUCAAUUUGCGAUUUACGUGCUAUUUUACCAUUAUUUGAAGCCAAAUACAGUGGGUAGACAAAUUAUUGCAAUGGGCCGAUCGAGGUCGCGUAGUAAAUCACCUAGGCGUCACCACAAAAGUAGCAAACAUUCGCGUAAAAAGAGCCGAUCGAAGGAUCGCUCCACAUCAAGAAGCAGGAGUUCUAAACAUGUUGAAAAAUCUAGAGAACGUAGCUCAAAAUCUCGGAAAAGGUCACACUCUGUAUCAUCAACGACGAGCAGUGAGGGUUCAUAUGAUGGCAGCAGGAGUCACAGAAAGAAAUCGAAAGGACGCAGCAAGAUGGACGAAGUUGACCGCUUAGCAGAAAUGGAAAGACAAAGGAGAGUUAGAGAAGCUGAGCAAAAGGUGGUGGAAGAAGAAGCCGCUAAAAGAAUAGAGUUACUUGUCAAAAAACGUGUUGAAGAAGAGUUAGAGAAACGUAAAGAUGAGAUUGAACAAGAAGUAGCAAAAAGAGUAGAAGAAGCAAAACGUAAAAUGGAAAAGGAGAUGAUGGAAGAGCUCGAGAGACAGCGUGAACAACAGCGGCGCAAGGAAAUGGCUCGACAGGAGGAAGAAGAUCGUAAAAGGAAAGAACUGGAGGAAAUCAUGGCAGAAAAUAAUAAAAAAAUUGAGGAGGCACAGCGUAAGCUGGCGGAAGAGCGGUUAGCAAUGAUAGAAGAACAAAGAAAAAUGGAUGAAGAGAGACAGAAACUCAAAAAGGAACAAGAAAAAAGGGUAAAAGAGGAACAAAAGAAGAUCUUAGGCAAAAACAAUUCAAGACCUAAACUUUCAUUCUCUCUAAAACCAAUGUCAUGAGAAUUGUACAAUUGCAUGAAUCCUAAUGAACUUUGGCAAAGCAAAGAUGUACAAUUUGUUGUUAUAAAUGUAGAAUAUUAUUCAAAUAAUUAUUAUAUUUCAGUUUUUAUGACACUUAGGUGAAAUUUUCCGAAAAUAUAGGUAAAAGUAAAGUACUUCAGUGAUUUAGAAUUGCAUGUUUUUCUCGAUAAUAUUGAUCAUGGGCUGAAAUUAGUGUUCCAGCCAUGUUUUCACAAUUCGUUUUAAUGUUAUAUUAUUAUUUGGUAAAUAAAUUAGGCCAUGGUAUAUAAAUUUAUAAUUCCUGCUAGUGUCGCAGCAUCAAGUCUUGGAUUUGGAAAAAAAUAGCUAAUUCUGACCAAAAAUUUUCAUUAGAAACGACUGAAACAGCUGUGACGUAAAAUAUAUGCAUUUUAAGAACAAAAUGACAUGAAUAACAUAACUUUCCUGAGUUUUUCUUAACUGUUUGUAGUAGUUUCUUUUAAGUCUCAUUAAAUAAUUUUAAUUCUUGUUCAUUAGAAGACUAAGCUUGUCAACUUGUCCACACCUUCAGUAGGUUUUACAAGACGAGAAAUAAAUAACAAUUGUUAUUUACCCAUAAUACAUUAGUAUAAGUUCUGUAAAUAUGUAUUUGUAAAUUAAGGUAUUUUAGGUGUCAUAAUGUGGUCAGAGGAUAGAUUUUUUAAUAACAGUAUGGUUAGAUGAGGAAUUUUAUAAAAUGUGUGCACCAUUCCCUCUGUAAACCAAUAUGUUUCGUAAUUAAUAGACAUAGUUAGCGUUCGUUUAUCAUUUAUUUUUGUAGAUGUAUAUUUUUACAGUUUUUCGGUAGGUACAUUCAGCGUCAAAUAGUUCGUGACACCCAAAGUAACCAAAAAGUUCGCAACACGUCGUUGUUACAAUGAGGGCUAUCGUUUUUAUACUUAACAGUUGGCACCCCUGGCGAUUGACAGGACCUUACUCUACAGUGACGCCAUCUUGAUGAGUGCAAAUACGAUAGUCCUCCUACCACUUUAGCGCUCACAAGUUGGCGCCACUGUCUUCGCUACUAGCAAGUGACAGGACCUUACUCUACAGUGGCGCUAACUGGUGAGCGCUAAAACGAUAGCCCUCAUUGGAAUAAGGUUGGGUUGUCAACUUUUUGGCCACUUUGGGUGUCACAGUACUUAUUAUUAUUCUGUGGUGUCACGAACUAUUUGACGCUGACUGUACUGUAGGGCAACUCCCUACCAGGUUGUCCGUAUUUCGGCAAUACGAACAGCUCGUCAGGAAGAAGCCUAAAUAUCUAGAUCCUCACUAAUUCUGUUCUUUCUUAAGAUUAUCUUUCAAUUUUUCGACCCUUUCUGCAGUAAUCUUUAACUUAAAAUCUGUCAAUUAAAAAGUUAUUUGUAGUCAAAACUUGAAAACAUUAACCAUUGCAGUUGUAAUCCAUGGCAUUAUAUUUUUGUGCCUUAAAUGAACGAAAGACGAACAUGUCCCGACUAGGCUCAAAAUGUACUCUUAAUAGUCAAAAAGAAAAUACCUUCUGCCUUGAAUUAAACUAAGUUUUAGUAGGUACAUUUAUUUAGAUAGAAAAGCUUUUCAUUCAUGUUUCACUACAUUCAAAUGAUGAACUAGAAUUUCACAAAUGUGAUAAAAUAGACUCAUUCAUUAUUAAACUAUUCAGUGCUAAAAUAUCAUUAUUGAACAAAAACGUAAUAAGUAUAAAAUUAUUAAAAUAUACAAUGUUCAAUUUAAAAUUAUACUCUUUUCAUUUUUAUGUAUUUGCAUUCCAUAAAGUCUUCUUCAGUUUUAUCUUGUCUUGACUUAUUUAUCAAUAAAGCCCUAAAUUGCAUAGUGUUA